AAUAAGAAAUUCCACACAAAUUAAGCUCACAUAUAUCUUCAUUCAUUCCUUGUUAAGAAACUCUGACCAGAGGUUAAAAAUGAGCAGCAAUCUACACAUACACAUAUCACAUAUGUUUCUCUUGUUGUUGAUGUUGGCUAGUGUUAUUGAGUAUGUGUCAUGUGAGUUACCAUCUAGUCAAGUGACCACCAUGACCCGUCUUCAUGAACUUCUACAAACCAACACCACCAAAUGGAAUUCUACAGUUCAAAACCCGUGUUCAUGGCCCGGUGUAACUUGCACUUCAAACAAUUCCUCCAUAACCACCCUUUCUCUAUCAUCUUUCUCCAUCUCCAGCCGCGAUUCUUGGCCUUCUCUCGUUUGUGAGAUUGAAACUUUAACAUCUCUCGAUCUCUCCAACAAUCAGUUAAACGCAAUUCCACCACCUUUCCUCUCUUCAUGUGGUGGUGGCUUGAAACAUUUGAACUUGAGCAACAACUAUCUGAAUGGCCCCUUGCCUACUUUCCAGGCUGCUUCUUUACAGGUUCUAGACUUGUCACAUAAUAACUUGUUUGGUGAUAUCGAUUCUCAAAGUAGUUUUGAUGGUUUAAUAGCACUUAAGAGUCUAAGUAUUAGCCAAAACGCGUUUAAUGGUUUUAUUCCUAGUAAGCUAGGAGGCGAUUCCAUGCUGCUUGAGGAACUGCAGCUGUCCAUGAACUCUUUUGAGGGUAGUCUCCCUGAUCAACUAUUUACAAACUAUCCCAAUCUGUCUUUGCUUGAUCUUGGUGGCAAUCAGCUCACUGGAACUAUUCCGUCUAGUAUAGGUGAACUCUCUAAAUUGCAACUGUUAGUUCUCUCUAGCAAUAACUUGUCUGGUGAAGUUCCCAUGUCGAUUUCUAGGAUCACGACCUUAAAGCGAUUUGCUGCAAACCAGAAUAGUUUUACUGGUGCAAUCCCACAAGGAAUUACAAGGUAUCUUAGUAGUUUAGACUUAAGUUAUAAUCAGUUAAGCGGGUCAAUCCCAGCAGACCUUUUAUCCCAACCCAAUUUAGUGACUAUUGAUUUGACUUCUAAUAAGUUAGAAGGUUCAAUACCUUUCAACGUAUCAAAAACAUUAGUUAGGCUGAGGCUGGGUGAUAACCAGUUAAGUGGUAGCAUCCCAUCGUGGUUCUUUGGGAAUGAUGUUCCAUUGUUAACAUAUUUAGAGAUUGAUAACAACAACUUAAAUGGGACAAUUCCUUCAAGUUUGAGAUUAUGCAGGAAUUUGUCACUGUUGGACUUAUCACAUAACCAUCUGGUCGGUUUUGUUCUUUCCGAGUUGGGUGAUCUUGGCAAGUUACAAGUUCUUCAACUUCAGCACAACAACUUCUCUGGAGAGAUCCCAGAUGAAAUCAGUCGCUUACGGAUUCUGGUCAAGCUAAAUGUGAGUUCCAACUCACUGAAUGGGUCUAUCCCACCAUCACUUUCAAGGUUACAGAAGCUCACUAAUCUCGACCUACAAGUUAACAAUCUAAGUGGCGAGCUUCCUGAUUCAUUCGGUGCCAUGGAAUCAUUGUUGGAGCUUCAACUUGGGAAAAACCAACUUAGUGGUGUUAUAAGGUCACUACCAACUAAGUUGCAGAUAGCUCUGAAUCUGAGUCAUAACAGCUUUGAAGGGUCAAUACCCAGUUCUCUCUCCAGAUUAAAUGCACUUGAAGUCUUGGAUCUUUCAAACAAUAAAUUCUCGGGCAAUUUUCCAACUUUCCUGCGUUCCAUGGGCAGUUUGACACAGAUACUAGUUUCCAACAAUUUGCUUACAGGAUCAGUUCCUCGAUUUGGCUCAAAUGUCAUUGUUUCCAUAGAGGGAAAUAACUUGUCAUACGAGACGCCUAACCCUUCUAUACCUGCUGCAAAUUCUAAAAGGUCUGUAUCUGUAGGAAUUAUUGUGGCCUCCGCAGCAGCUGUUGUUGUGCUUAUGAUAGUUGUACUAAUGGCCCUUAUAGUCACUAGGAGAGCUCAUAAGAUCAAUGAUGAAAAAAGCCAUAUGGGUCAGCCGGAAGUCGUUAAAAUCAAUUUGUUGACGUUGAGUGUGAUUCAUAGAACUAAUAUUGACUUCACCAAGGCUAUGGAGGCUGUGUGCCAUCCCUCUAAUAUUGUUUCAAAGACAAGGUUCUCUACUUAUUACAAAACUGUAAUGCCAUCGGGCAUGAAUUAUUAUGUUAAGAAGCUUAACUGGAGUGUAUUCCAAGUUGGUACCCAUGAUAAGUUUGAACAAGAACUAGAAAUUCUUGGGAGGUUGAGAAAUUCAAGUGUUAUGAUUCCUCUUGCCUAUACCUUAACUACAGAUAGUGCAUAUCUAUUAUAUGAAUUCAGUGCCAAAGGAACUCUUUUUGAUGUUCUACAUGGAAGUUUAAAAAAUGGCUUAGAUUGGACUAACCGGUACAGCAUAGCAUUAGGAGUUGCUAAUGGGCUGGCUUUUCUCCAUGAGAGCCCCUCUGGUCCAAUCAUUCUCCUAGAUCUUUCUACUAAAACUGUUAUUCUAAAGUCCUUGGAUGAGCCUCAGAUUGGAGAUAUAGAGCUUUAUAAAGUGAUUGAUCCUUCAAGAAGCACUGGCAAUCCUUCUGCUGUUACUGCUUCUGUUGGUUAUGUUCCUCCAGAGUAUGCUUACACCAUGAGGAUGACAAUGGCUGGAAAUGUCUACAGUUUUGGUGUCAUUUUGCUUGAACUUUUGACAGGAAAAGCAGCUGUUAGUGAAGGAUCUGAAUUAGCCAAUUGGGUGUCUAGCAAGACACAACAGCAAGCUAACUUUGACCGAAUGCUUGACUCCACCAUGAGUAGGACUUCGCAAGCCGUUACAGACCAGAUGUUGUCGGUCCUAAAAGUUGCUUUAGCCUGUAUCAAUGUCUCCCCUGAAGAAAGACCAAAAAUGAGGAGUGUGUUACGUAUGCUCCUUAAUGCAAGAAUCUAAGACAAUGCAUAUUAUGGUAAUAUAAUAGUCUUCGUAAGCAUAAUUUCAAAGGGAAUGAUAACAUUCUUUAGCAAUAUCCAAUAUAUACGGGUCUUUAUGACAAUAGAUGUGUUAUUCAGGUUUAUGUCAACUAUACUGCGUGUGUUAUCAUAUUGCUACCUGUAAUGGAGCUUGUAAAUAAUAUGUUACUUGUGAGCAAAAAUACUCGCUGGUCUGUCUCUACUGGUAGACUGGUAAUGGCCAUAUAUUAAACACAAUAAGUGCCAGCUUAAUUUCUUGUCUCUCGGGUCAUUCUUGAUGUAAUGAAUGCUUUCACAUAUUCUCUUUUAAUAUAGUUCGCACUUGAUUUUGAUCGAGCUAAGCUCAUCUA